AAACGUCCUCAUGUCGCCGCCCGCCAGGUAGGAUGCGCACGAUUAGCUGUGCCCUCCGUUGGCGACCUUAGCCGAACCUUUCUUCUAAAUCGCCUCUCGCUCGCCGUGGAUGCGCCGCGCCCUUCUCCUCCUCUCGACACACUCUACCCACAAUUUAUUUUCCCGCGUUCUUCAAAACCCCAAAAUAUUCAGUAAAUAAGAAUUAGGGUUAGGGUUAGGGUUUUCGUUUUUCCGUUCUUUGAGAUCUGAAUACAGAAUUGGGGUAGGGAUGGGGGAUGAUCAACCCCCCUCGAUCAAGUUCCGGGGAUUUCUAGGGUUUCUUCGAGCGAUGAGAUCAGGAUCUCUUAUAGAAAGCUACUCCUCAGAAAAAUCAUUUGAGAAAACAAUGCAGACUGUAGACAAUUCCAUAAUCAGAGUUGAAACAUCUGAGGAGAUAGAAUCUACAGAGGAGAUUCCUGAAGAAACAAUAUUAUCAGUGCCAACUUCAGUAAAUCUUGUUCCAUUUAUUGGGCAAAGAUUUGUUUCUCAAGAUGCGGCCUAUGAGUUUUACUGUACCUUUGCAAAGCAAUGUGGUUUCUCUAUUAGACGGCAUCGAACUCGAGGAAAAGAUGGUGUAGGCCGUGGUGUCACUAGAAGGGAUUUCACUUGCCAUCGUAGCGGUUUUCCCCAAACAAAGAAAUCAGAUGAUAACAGACUGCAUAGAAAUCGAAGAUCAUCUCGUUGUGGUUGUCAGGCAUAUAUGAGAAUAGUUAAAAGAGCAGAAUUUGACAUCCCUGAAUGGCGUAUCACAGGCUUCAGCAAUGUUCACAAUCAUGAACUCUUUAGAUCAAACGAAGCGCAUGAACUUUCGGGUUAUUAUUCUAUUUCAACAGAUGAUAAGAGUCGCAUUUGCAUGUUUGCGAAAGCUGGAUUGUCUGUUAGGCAAAUGUUAAGACUAUUAGAGCUAGAGAAAGGUGUGAAACUUGGUUGUUUACCAUUUACCGAAAUAGAUGUGAGGAACUUGCUCAAAACUUUUAGAAAUGCAGAUGAUGACAAUGAUGCCAUUGACCUUGUUUCCAUGUGCAAGCGGAUCAAAGAUGAAGAUCCCAAUUUCAAAUAUGAAUUCGAGAUUGAUGCUAACAACCGAUUGGAGCAUAUCGCAUGGUCAUAUGCAUCAUCUGUUCGAUCUUAUGAUGCAUAUGGGGAUGUCGUGAUCUUUGACACAACUCGAGUAUUGGAUGCCUAUGACAUGAUAUUAGGAAUCUGGAUCGGGGUGGAUAAUCAUGGGAUGAAUUGUUUCUUUGGGUGUGCUCUUUUACGAGAUGAGAAUGUGCAAUCUUUUUCUUGGGCUUUGAAGACUUUUUUGGGUUUUAUGAAAGGAAAGGCUCCACAAUCAAUCUUAACUGAUCAGAACGUGUGGCUCAAAGAGGCAAUUUCUAUUGAAAUGCCAAAUACAAAACAUGCCUUUUGUAUUUGGCACGUCAUUGCUAAAUUCUCUGAUUGGUUUUCGAUGCUUCUUGGCUCACAAUAUGAUAAUUGGAAGACUGAUUUCCUACGUGCAUAUAAUUUAGAGGCAGUAGAGGACUUUGAGAUUGAAUGGAAGAAAAUGAUUAAUAAAUAUUCCCUUCACACAAAUAAGCAUGUCGCUGGUUUAUAUGGAUUGAGAACAUUCUGGGCAUUGCCUUACUUGAGAUGCUCUUUCUUUGCUGGUAUGACUUCGACUAGUCAUGCAGAAUCAGUUAGUGGUUUCAUCCAUCGGUUCUUAUCUGCACAAUCGAAGCGGGAGAACUUUGUUGAGCAUGCCGCAACUAUUAUUGAACCUAAAGAUCAGGAAAAAGGAAAACAAAAGUCAGAAAGAAGGCUCCACAAGAUAUCUCUAAAGUCCGGGUCACCUAUAGAGUCUCAUGCAGCUUCCAUACUUACACCCUAUGCCUUCUGUAAACUCCAGGAGGAGCUUGUAUUGGCUCCACAAUUUGCAUCAUUUCCAAUAGAAGACAACUGCUUACUUGUGAGACAUCACACACAAGUGGAUGGAGGGUGCCAAGUUAUUUGGAAGCCAAACGAAGAAGUCAUAAGUUGCAGUUGUCGUCAAUUUGAAUUCUCAGGGACCCUCUGCAGGCACGCUCUCCGUGUCCUCUCUGCAAGCAAUUGCUUUCAGAUUCCAGAAAAAUACUUACCUUCUAGAUGGCGCUCUGUGAGUUUGCCUGUCUCAAAAGAGAAUACUGAACGAGUUAAUAUAUUGCAGUCUAUGGCGUCCACUCUUCUUUCAGAGUCUAUUGACUCGGAAGAGUGCCUUGAGGUUGCUUCAGAGCAAAUUUCACUGGCAUUAUCUCGUAUUCGAGAAAUUUCUCGGUCAUCUCAUGGAUUGAGUGAUGUUGGCUAUGGAAGUCCAUCUGAGUCCCUGAUAAUACCAGAAGGUGAGGAUAUUGAUGGCCUCAAAAUUGGCCAUGCUCGUGAAUCUUAUCCACUGGGAAAGCUAAAAGAAAGGGGAGGAGGAGACGAGAUUGAGAUGUCAAGGAAAAGAAGGCGCUGCCCAGCUCCUUGCUGCGUGCAAUUUGGGCAUGACUCUCGUGACUGCCCAAUGAUUGGAAGUGAAGGUUUGAGUGAAGAUGAUCUAGGAUUUUUGUAGCGUUGCGUUGAACUUUGGCUUACUGUAUGCUAGUAUGUCCCAUGCAGUUCGGGAUCAUUUUUCCUCCGCAUUUCACAUCGGCCUUUUUCUUUGUUCUUUGAAUACAUUUAUGUAACCUGUUAUCGACCUUACAUCCCUUGAGAAGUAGGGAGAUUUCCUUCUAUACAUGUAAAGCAAGCUUUUUCUGAGA